GUAUUUAUAGGCCAAGGUCGACAUACAACAAAAUUACAAUGUUGGUCAUAUUACAUCAGUUUAGAUGUUCCCUAUCGAGCCUGUGUUGGCGCUCGCCCAUCUUUCUAGUAUGGCCGAUAGAGUCUUGGUCUUUGAUAGUUCUUCACCCGAGGUCGAGUCCUGAUCGUCGGGUUGACACGAUGUCGCCCUUCUUUCUUAUCGUCCCAUUGUUUGACCAGCUCCCUUUGUCUGACCGAGUGCUUUCUGAUCGUCCGUCCGACUUGUCAGAGGAUAAGGGUCACGUCCCAUCCAGCAACUAUAGGGCCCUCACGUCCGACCCACGUGACGCCUCGCUCUUUGCGCUAUUUGGUUCCAUCCUGUGCUUCGCCGCUCUUUUCUCUUUGGUGUAUCAUAGCUUAAGAUCUCUCCACCUAACCCUGUGGAUUAUCUACACCUACAUUUAUGACCCUUCUUUCGCUCGUGUGCUUGGCACGAGGGAAAGAAAAUCAUUCCAUCUUCCCACGUCCUUGAGCAUGCCGAGAAUUCCUCCAUGCGGUUCCCCACUAAACAUCCCUUUAUGACUUGUAACCGCUGCUGUCGGUCAAGACACUUCAUCCUAUAAAUACCCCCAUUUAUGUUCUCUUUCCUCUAUUCGCCAUUUUCAAAGAAACCAAGCGUUGUUCUUUAUUAUUCUUCACCUUCCUUCCUUGCCGACGCCAUUAACUCCAGUGACCCUUUUAUCUUCUCAGUCUUCAUCUUUGCUGUUUCUGUUGGUGAGGUUUGCGACAGUCGUGGUUGGUUCUUCUUUUUACUUCUCUCUCCAUCAAAGUUCAUAUCUCUCUAUUCGCUUUCUGCCAUGGCUACUUCUUCUCCGUCAAUGACUGAAAAAAGGGAUGAUAAGAGAGUCUCCAAAGACUUGUCUGAUGAGUUUAUUGAACAGUUGAAGGAAGAAUUCGGUCUUCAAAACAAUGAAGUGACCCUAGUCUCGGGCCAAACGGGUGUGUUGAAGAAGACUGAUGUCGAUAAGCAUGAGAAGUCGUCCGAGGCGGUCAUCGUCACUCGUGGGAAGUUGGAACUUGGCCUUCGCUUUCCUCUAUACAACCCUGCCAUCCCUUUCUACUAUGAGGUAUUGUCGCAGCUUCGUCCGUAUCGGGCCUUGACUCAGUGGAAUGGCAACACUUUCCGUCUGAUGAAUGAGUGGAGAGACCGAGGCGAGGGUCACGGAUCUACGGCCGAUUGGUCGACCUAUAAGCCUGGAGACGCUCACGAUUACACUUCUGCCAAUUUUAUCGUGAACUACCGGAGCGGGACGGCUACCAAUGGCGACCUUGCUGGUUUUGCUGCUAUCCCUCACCAUCAGAAAUCUAUGCCCGAGGGUGUUGACAGAUUGAUGCUAGAUGAUGAUCCCCUUGGUAAAGGUUCCAACAAGCGUGCUCGCCACACCAAUGACCCAUACUGGGACCGAGUUCCACUUCUUGUUCGCGGCAAAGUUUUGCAUGGUAGCUUUCCUCCUCCUCAAUUUCCUGCAGCCUUAUCCAUUCUGGGUGAUUAACGAUGAUAGGGUUAAGCCUCAGGGCGAGUCUACCAAAUCAGCUUCUAUUUCCAAGAAGAGGAGUGCUGGCACAAGGGUCGAGGAGGAUCAGGGGAAGAAAUUCCCUUAACGCGAGGAUGAAGAUGUUGGAGGAUCAGAUACUCAUGGUAGUGAAAGUUUGGUUCCAAGGCGUAAUCCUUCUCUGGGGAAGGUGGUGGCAAAGGGCGUGGUGUUGAAAAUCUCGGACGUUGUGAUCGAUAUCCCCGAUCAAGAUGAUGAGGACGAUAUAUUAGGGGACGAUCAUCUGUUUGAUGAGGAUGCUGGUGGUCAGAAGGAAGCAUAGGUUUGUGUGGAGACUGCUGUUGUGACUCCUGUCGUGCAGUCUGGUGAUCAGGGGCCGACCCAAACAUCACUCCAAAAGUUGCCCCAGAAGGAUGUUGGGUCUCCCUCGGGUGUUCAGACGUCCUUUACCAUAUCUGGCCCUAUUUGUGAUUCACUUGGCGCAUUGCACUCUGAGGAGUUCGGCUCCUAUACUGAUGAGCAGAUGAUUGCUGUUGUGCCCCUGUAUCGUGAUAUCGCGCCGGUUUUUGAUAAUUUGGCGUUGAAUCGGUCGAGGUUGGAGGCUGCUCUCAGUCGACAGGAGAUUAGGAUGUUGGAGGCUGCUCUUCAGCAGGAGAAGGAACGAUCUCGCGAUCUGGAUAUCAAACUCGCCGAUGCGCAAGCCGAGCAGGGUCGUGUCAAGGUUAUGGAGCGAGAUGUACAAAAUAUCGGGCAGGAGGUGGAGUAGUGGAAGAAGGCCGGAGGUGAGGUGAAGGUUAAGCUCCAUGCCGCCGAGGCGAGGUCCGAGAAGCUUUCUCAGCAGAUUGUGGACGAGAGAAAUGCUCAUCAGAGCGAGCUUGCUGAGGAGAACAAGGCCGGUGUGAACGAUUACAUCGCGCAAAAGUGCCGUGAGGUUGCUCAGAGAAAGGGGGGAGCCGGUGUUGUUCCACCCCGGAGUUGAUCAUGUCUUUUGUAGUGCCGCGCCACUAAUUUGCCCUUUGUCGCGGGUUGUAAUUCGUUUGAACACUUGACCCAUGCUUCUUUGAACAACUUCUUUGAAUGGGGUGCUGCGUCUCCAAGCUUGUUUUUCUUUUUUCUUUUCCUUGACAAUU